UGCUCCCAUUAGGUCUGUGGCUUCCCGGGGCUGUCUCACCUCCUCUUGCUGGGGGAGACACCAUGUCCACCACCGUCUGCCAGGUGAUGGGGUUCAUCGUCUCGUCGCUGGGGGUUGCGGGGUGCAUGGUGUCCACUGCCAUGGAUAUGUGGAGCACGCAGGACUUGUAUGACAACCCGGUCACAGCCGUCUUCCAGUAUCAGGGACUGUGGAGGAGCUGCGUGCGGCAGAGCUCAGGCUUUACAGAGUGCCGGCCGUAUUUCACCAUUCUUGGGCUGCCAGCAAUGUUCCAGGCUGUGAGGGCCCUCAUGAUCGUGGGUAUUGUUCUGGGCAUCCUUGGCCUUUUUGUGUGCAUUUUUGCUCUGAAAUGCAUUCGUAUUGGCAGCAUGGAGGAUUCUGCAAAAGCCAACAUGACUCUGACCUCUGGCAUCAUGUUUAUUGUUGCAGGUCUGUGUGCCAUCACCGGAGUGUCUGUAUUUGCCAACAUGCUGGUCACAAACUUCUGGAUGUCCACAACCAACAUGUACCAGGGAAUGCAGAACGUCCAGAACAGGUACACUUUUGGCUCAGCCCUCUUUGUUGGUUGGGUGGCAGGUGGCCUGGCCCUCGUAGGAGGCAUCAUGAUGUGCCUUGCUUGCAGAGGAAUGAUUCCAGAAGAAUCCCGUUACAAGGCAGUGUCCUACAAUGCAUCGGGGAGGAACAUCUCCUACAGAACUGGGCCCUAUAAGGUCGGUUCCGGGUACGAACCUGAAACGAAGACUAGGAAAGGUCCAGGGUAUGAAGAAGCUCCUCGAAGCGAGGAUGGAGGACGCUCGUACCCUUCAAAAUAUGACUAUGUCUAGUAAACUUUCUGAGCUUGAGGUGUGCUGUAUUUUACAGAACAUUUUACAGUUUAGAAACAAGUAUACACAAACAAAUAAGUAUGUAAAUAGGGUUGUGUUUUCUAUUGUUUUUCCCCCACUUGGAGGUGGUAUCCUAACCACAUUGGUUUUAUUUGGCUGACUGCUGGCAUGCUCUCUCUCAGCAUGCCUAUAGCAAAAGUAAUGUCUCUAUGCUUUCAGAGUAGAACUAUUUCUUCAUAUUUUACAUAUAAACUCUGAUAGCCAGGACCAGGAUUCUGCCUUGUGCCAUUUUCUAAUUCACCUAAAAGUUUUCAAUUCCCAUUUAGUAAUGGUCCUGUUACAUUUGUGGUCACCUUGGAUGUCUGUGAUUGAAAAACACAUACCGAGAUUGUAUACGAAAAAGCCUUAACAAAUCAAGAAGCUAAACCAAAAACAUUGUGAAAAGCAGAAAUUAUAAUCUGAAAAUCUCCCGUAUUAUUUUGUGGUGUAUUGAAUGAAAAUGUCCCUUCGGUGAUGGCCAAUGCAUACAGACCAUGUAGUCAUGGCAUUUUUCCUCCCUGGGCACUAUUUCUACUCAGACACACCUUUGCUUUGCUGGUGGUACUACAGUGCUGAUCUGCUGUGAUAUUUAAUCUGAUUUAUGUUACUUAGACAUUUGCUAUAACCCGUGAUACCAAAGUGUAUUUAUUUCUUCAGAUCUCACUGGGGGAUAUAUAUAAUCCAUUGUUAUUCCUAUGCUAGACAUUUGCUGUAGUAGCUGAAAACCUGUGUGUGACUGGUGUUCCUGCAGAUGUCAUCGCUGAUGAAACCAGAAGAAUUUCUCAUUUAGAAUUAAUUAGAGUUGCAUUUGGAGCAGGAAUCCCAGGGAGCACUAGAUGUGUAACUCCAUAUUAACAUCGGGACUUUCUUGUGUUAAUUCUUCCCCAGAUAAUGUGAAGAUUAAAUCCUUGGUGGGACACUGCCCCUUCCAGCCUAUCCACAAGAAAGGAUAUUCAUUUAAAGGGGCUGAAGAAAGAGACAUAAGAACUCAAGAAAGGGCCAAUAAGCAUAGUGAAGGGUACUGAGGGAUAAGCAAAAGAGAGAGCAAAAAAGAGUCUGAACACUCCAAAGUAGCCAUUUUGAUAGAUUUCUGCAACAGGUUUUCGUCCCACUUAGAACAGUUGUAAGUUUUUCACAGGCACAUUUGUUUUGGCUAAACACUGAUAGUUCCUUGGGUAGUUUCAUGUUGUGGAGGUAUCACGGGUAGAGCCAAAUAUUUCCUUGGAGUUUGGCCUUCAGAGGUGGAGGGAGCAUGGUCAGCACUGGGGCUGCCAGUCAGCAGAGGUGACCACCAUGAGGAGAGAGCGGAAGAUCUUCCAUCCAGCAGAGGGUCCUGGCCCUUUCUCCGGUGGGACUCUGGUCCCCACUGCCACCUGGGGAAACCAGUGGAUGCCAGUGCUGACUCUUCCAUCUGUACUAGGGGAGGACUUGUUUUAAGGAUUUGUUCUGAAAGGAUACCACUUCAGUUGUGCAAAGAGAAACACUGUCCCCCUUAAAAUUAAAUAUGCAGUCGUUCUGGUGGAUUUUCCCCCACAUCUCAAUAUAGACUUAGCUUUUUUGCUUUUUUUCUGCAUGCUGGAUUUUGUUUUGUUUUGUUGGUUGUUUAUAUUUUUUACUUUAGUAUUAAAAAAGAAAAGGCCUUUACGACCCCAAAUC